AUGGACGAGCUGUAUGGUGAAGACGACCCUCUCACACGGGAGUGGAGUACCAUCAAACCGUCUCUCGGCAGUGACAUCGCCGACACGCACAAAUCUGACCACACCCAUGAUUCCCUUCGCUCUGAAGAGAAGGUGUGUCUGUACCCUUUCAUUGACGAGCUCCGUGACGAUGUCUCUGGCGUGGACAUCCACAGUAAUGAGAGCUGUGAUGAUGCUCUGAUGUAUUUUGGAUUUAAAAAAAAAAAAAGCAAGGGUGGUAAGGGACUUGGCAAAGGAGGCGCCAAGCGUCACCGCAAGGUGCUUCGCGAUAACAUCCAGGGGAUCACCAAGCCGGCUAUUCGCCGUCUGGCUCGCCGUGGCGGUGUAAAGCGUAUUUCUGGUCUGAUCUAUGAAGAGACUCGCGGUGUGCUGAAGGUGUUCCUGGAGAACGUGAUCUGCGACGCCGUCACCUACACCGAGCAUGCCAAGAGAAAGAUCGUGACCGCCAUGGAUGUGGUGUACGCCCUGAAACGCCAGGGACGCACCCUGUACUGCCUCGGCGGUUAAACGCUCUUAACACCGAACGACGCGAACACAACGGCUCUUUUAAGAGCCACCCACAUGUCUAGAAAAAGAGCUGUUCCGUGUGUGAAAAAAGUCAAAAACCUUUUUCUUUUGUCACGCAUAAGGCAUCAAACGCUGUAUACAAGUAGCAUAAGAACUUCUAUCUGUAUACAUAAAAAGAGGCAAUCUAUUAGUAUUUUUUGUAACAAACUAUAAAUAUAACUAUUUAAUACUGUAUGCACAGUACUAAAUAUUAUUAUAAUGUGUUUGUU